UUUGUACAGUUAUGACACAUAGGGCUUUUGCCCAACGGUUUAAGUAAACCGUUAUUAAAAUAGUUAAAUCGUGAGCAUGAAUUAAAUUAUAGCAAAGUAAUAAAGUGGCAACAGUUGAAUCCCACUCACGUCUGCUCUUCGAAAUGGCCGAAACUUCAAGCUUCAACAGUGAUUUCCACGUGGAAUUGGAUGUAGGAAAUUUAUGUGUUUUGAGCGUAACACAACUUAAAUCUUCUCUAGGAAGGGAAAUAAAAGAGGAUGCAAUAAAAGCAAUUGCUGCUCAAGGGACUCAGUUGUUGUUAGAUGAAAUAUUCAAGCUUCCAAGUGAAUAUCAUGAGCAUGUUCCUGUUGCAAAACUUCCUGAAGCAACUACAAUUAUUCCCAGAGAGAAACCUUUGCCUAAAGCAAAGCGUCUUACAAAAUGGGAAGCUUUUGCUAAAGCAAAAGGAAUUAAACACAAGAAAAAGGAAAAAUUAGUAUGGGAUGAAGCUUCCAAGGACUGGAAACCACAAUAUGGGUAUCGAGGCAUUUCAAAUAAAAGUGACUGGUUAAUAGAAGUACCAGCAAAUGCAGAUCCCAAUGUUGAUUAUUUUGGAAAAGUUAAAGAUGAAAAGAAAGAAAGAGUUGCAAAAAAUGAAUACCAACGUCUUAGAAAUAUUGCAGCAUCAAAGAAAAUGAAAGUCACCAACUUGGAAUCUGUUGAUAGAGCUGAUAAAGAACAACUUUCUAGAUCAGUUUCUGCUGCAAAAACUGCUACUGCUUCUCUUGGGAGAUUUGUGGAAAAACUUCCAAGAGAGAGGGCUCCAAAAAAUUCAGGAAACAAACAAAAGUUUAAGCCAAAUAUACCAAGCAACAUGAAAAAAGAAAAAGAAAAUAACCUGAAAAUUCUUCAGGAAUUGGAGCGCAAGAAACCCAAAUUAGAUGUUCAAGAGGCUGUGCAGCGCUAUUUGACGAAACCUAUCAAAGAAAAAUCUGGUGAUAACGACAAAAGAGAACAGAAGAGAAAUUCAAAGAAGAACAAAUUUAUUAAAAACUUAAAUUACCGAGGUGGGAAGAAAGGGAAAGGAGGGCCAUUUAAAGGGAAAGGAGGACCAUUUAAAGGAAAAGGAGGGUCAUUUAAGAGGCCUAUGAAAGCAAAAUAGGUGUAUAUAUAUAUGUAAAAACCUAAUAAAAUGUAAAUAUGUUUGUUUACAUGGAA